AUGCGCCACUACAUUGCCCUCCCAGAAAUGGAGGCGCUGGCAGAAGGUUCGCGCAAGACAGUUGCAAGAAAAUUGGCGAAGAAACCAGGCGGGGUGAUUGAACUGGCUCAACCUUCUGCAAGCAAAAGCUCUGAUUUGACUGCGUCUCUGUUUCUGCCCCGUUGGCGGACUGUGCAUCUCAGGAGCCACAAUGCUGCCAACAACCUGAGAAGAAGAUACCCCUUCAUAUUUCUGAAUGGGACAAGCGACAGAAAAAUCGCAAGGCAGUCAAGCACUUCGAGCACUUUAUCGCAUACAGUACCUUCCAGAACGCUGCGCAGUUGCAGGAAGCGGAACCCUGUUUUCAGGGCACAGCUGAUUGAUGAGCUGACCAGCGAGCGAGAUGAUGCCAUCAGCAAGCAAAGCGAGGCUGACUUGGGGCUUCCGUGGACUGCAUCAAUCAUUGCGGCCGCUGCCACUGCAGCCGCUUCUGCCGAGGUGGAGGUUGCGAGAAGGCGGGGUUCAAUGUCUAGCACAAUGUUUUCGGCUCCGGGGGAGGACUUUCUGAGCCUGUGCCGGGCGCAGCUCCAGUUGGCCAGCAAGGUGCUGGGACAAGAUACAAGCUUCACGGUGUACAUUCGGACGCCUGAGAGUUACGCGUCUGGCCAGGUAGACCUCCAGCCCGUAGCACUCUUCCCCGAACUGGUUGAGCCCGACUUUCUCGACAUCGUCCGGCUGGUCGGGGGCAGCCAGGAGCCCCUUCCCGAGCGGCAGGCGGAGCACUGGCUCGUGCGCGAGGAAGCUAUAGAGGUUUCUGAGAAGAGAGCGAUGGUCUUGCCGAUGUCUAGAGGUUCCUUCCUGGUGGGGCUGCUGAUUGCAGAGCGUCCUGUGAGCUUCGCCGAGGCUUCUGGCUCGGCAGAGGAUGCAGAUGAAAACGGGCAGAGGGAUGUGAAUGGGGCGACUGGUGAGAGUGGGGCUGAUGAUGUGAACGGGGCCGGCGGUGUGAACGGGCCUGAGGAGUCGGUAGGCAGUAACUCGAGCAUCGUCGACCAGUGGCAGCAGAUGCCGCAGAGUCCCAUAAUUGAUUUUGGGAAGAAGAAAGAGAGUGGGGGCUACGCAUCGGCGGGGCGGGGCAAGGGCCGGAUGCCGGGCAAACGGGGGAAGGCCGGCAAGGUGAAGAAACAAGCUAGCAGCCCCGCUAGCGUGAUUGAGUCCCCCCGGCAGAUUCGGCAGCGGCUACGGAGUAUGGGAAAGGGGUUCUCCUCGGCGGGAGAGGUUAAGGAAAUCAUUGACAUUCCGAGCCAGGAGGUUUCGGUCUCUGAAGACGAGCCAGUCUCUGAAGAUGACCAAACCGUCUCGGAAGAAACCCCGACAGUGUCUGAGGAUCACCCGACGGUUUCAAGUGAUGACUCGUCGGUUGCUGAAGAUGAAUCGGCAAAUAGAAAAGAGGAGCGGUCUUCGAGAGGUUCGGAAGCGAGCAGUAGCGGGCGCAUCUUUGACUGGUCGAAGCUCGACGUGGACCAACUGAGGGCGCAGCGUGCGGCGGUCAGGGAAGGGGUUAAGCUAACCCGCGCGCAGGCCAUUGGGAAGCAGUUACAAGAGUUGUUCUCGAAGAAAGACGAGGACGAGAGUCAAAGCGACGAGUCCGAAGGAGAGGAGGCAUGGUCGCAGGAGCACAGCAGCCCGUCUUUAGAAACAUCCGACCACUCGGACUCAAUCGAUGGCAGUGUAGAGAGCAGCACAGGAAGCGGAGAGUCAUUCAGGGGUUCAGAAAGCACGGAGAGUGAGGAGUCUUUCGGGGGGUCAGAACCGGUGGUAGAAACUGGGGGGGUUUACAGUGUGAUGGAGCGGGAGGUUGCGGUGGAAGUUGCAAAGACGAUUGCGAUGGCGGCUGUUAUGGACCAGCGCACGCUGUUUUUGCAGCAGGCCAACUGGCAGCGGGGGGUGCGCCUGGACGGGAUGCUGGAGCAGGUGCGCGGGCCGCUGGCGGCGCUGCGCACGCUGGGGAAGAGCCUCAUGCCCGUCACCAAGGAGGGCGAGGUAAGCCGUGACGUGGCUGAGAACAUCGUGGUACAGGGCGAGCGCAUGAAGGACGUCAUCGUCCAGAUCCAGGACGAGCUGUACCCAUCCCAGGGGGCCGGAAACCUGGUCCACUACGAUCGCCAGGCGCUCCCUGCAACCGCCGGCCCGAAAACUGCAGCACUGCUCGAGGCUUCCCGGUCGGGGGGGCGCGGAGGGGGGUUCGUGGGAGGCGGACGGACGUCCCCCCGUUUCGGGACGGGAAACGGGGCGGGGGUACGGCGGGGGGACGGGUUGGAGGCCGAAGGAGGGG